UUAUUGUUUUUUCUUUUGUAGAGAACAGAGUGAAAAGUUGCAAAAGAUCAAGUCGGAGGUUUUUGAGCUUGAAGAAGAUAAAAAUGCUUUGAAAGGUUAUAUUGUGGACCUUGGUCAGGAACGAAGUGUUUUAUCCUCUGAUGUUCUGAAAUUAAACUCAAUGAAAAGAGAUCUUAGCUUCAGUAUUACCCAGCUACAGGAGGAGAAGAAGGAACUUAGCUCCAGUGUAUCCCAGCUACUGGAGCAAAAGAAGGAACUUAGCUCCAGUGUAUCCCAGCUACUGGAGGAGAAGAAAUCCGUCCUGGAUCUGGUUGAGACGGAGAAACUUCACAGUACAAGGAUGAAGAAUGAAUUAGCUCCGUUGUCAACAGAGGUUACUCAGCGGAGAACAGAACUUGUAUCAAUCCAAUCAGAUAUCCAGGUUGCAAAACAGGAACUUGAAAAGUUACAAAAGAGUGUAGUGCUUCAAUCACAACAAGCUGUUAGCAGUGCCAGUGAGAAAGUUGGGGAUGUGACAGUAUCGGUUCCUGGUGCUAGUUCAUCUAAUGAGAGUGUUCUCUCCAUCCUUCUUGCAAUCUCUGUUAUAGGAAAUAUUAUACUCGGUGCUCCUUUCAUUGCCGGCGUAGUUAAACAGAUCCCUGCACGAGAAAACCCAAACAGGAUUCAGUUUCCUCCCCCAUCCUUCCUAGGCGGAGCACCUAAACCUAAAGAGAACCUAAUCCAGCUUGUAGAGAAGAAAUCCAAGAAAACUCCGGAAGUAACUCCGGAAGCAACAGGAUUUAGUCCUAGUUUCAACUCGGGUGGAUUUGGUGAGUUUAGUCAAGACGUCGGGGGAUUUAUUUUCGACAAGAACGGAUUGGACUCCGACAAGAACGAAUUUGGCUCUAACAAGAACGGAUUUGGUUCCGACAAGAAUGGAUUUGGCUCCGACAAGAAUGGAUUUAACUCCAAGAAUGGGUAUAGCUCCGACAAGAACGAAUCUAACUCCGACAAGGAUGGAUUUGGAACCAAAAACAAGAUAGGGUUUAACAAACAGGCUGCUCUCUCUAAUCUCAAGUAUGUAUCAGAUCGACUACGAAAGUUUGAAAAAAGAUUCAAGAAUCAGUAUGUUCAGGAUGUAUAUUACGAUCUACCAAAGAGCUUUUAAAAUUUAGUCUUUAAAUGUAAAAUGUAAUUGUGAUUUUUAAUCAAAUAUGUUGUUAACCCUUUUCCUGCUGGG